ACUACAACAGGGUGCAACUAUGUUUUAAUCAAUGUGUAAUGCUAUUAUAUUAAGCUUGACAAAGGAUAAGUAAACUAAAAGUGGUACAUAUAAUCUUAGCUAAAUCACCCUGACACUCACCUGACAUAACAUCAUGAACGUGAUUCCACGGAUAAAACAGGCUUUGGUUGCCAUCAUAACUUUGUCUACUUUAUAUUGUUUGAAUAUCAUCAUCAAGAAAUAUGAUAACAUCACGUAUAACCAUGAAACACACAGACGAUUGAUGUCCAUUGAUCUUAAAAACAAACUUUCAAAUGGCAUCCAAAAUAUUUAUUCACUGUUUGGAAGGACGUAUGAAAAAUACAACUUUACAAAGAGAGGUCAUAAUUUUGAUAACACAGCUGAAAUGUCAAAUAACGACAAUGACAUACCAACAAUAUUUAUGUACGAAAAACACCAUUUAGAUUGGUUUAAAGCAUUUAACAUAACAGACAAGUGUUGUACAAAGUGUUUGUUUACUAGUAAUUCCAAGUUUUAUAAUAUGAGCAAAGUCGUUAUUUUCUUCAGAACUCUUACAAAACCUCCACCUGAAAAACUAGCUGGCCAGAUAUGGGUUUAUUUUACAAACGAAUCACCUGAAUACAUGUUUCCUCCGCCAAACACUGUCUGGGAAAAAUCUAUGUCGAAAUUUGAUUGGGUAAUGUCGUAUCGACCUGGAUCUGAUAUUAGCCUACCAUUCGGUGUUUUGGCUAAAAAAGAAAAUCAUAAUAAGUUGAAUUAUACUAAAAUUUUCAAGGAGAAAAAUAAAGAUAUAGCAUGGAUAGUAAGUCACUGUCAAACAAAUUCCAGAAGAGAGGAAUAUGUAAAAGAAUUACAAAAAUAUAUUCAGAUAGAUGUUUAUGGUGGGUGUGGACACUUGAGGUGUGGAAAACGAUUGAAAAAAUCAAGCGAUCUAAAAGUAUGUAAGUCGUAUGUUAGCCAAAAUUACAAAUUCUAUUUGUCUUUUGAAAAUUCACUGUGUAAUAAUUACGUUUCCGAAAAAGUAUAUGACAUAUUUGAGGAAGAUAAUAUGAUGUUACCAGUAAUUCGAGGAGCUCCAAAUAUUGCAUCCAUCCUUCCUGCGGGAACCUUUAUUACAACCAGUGAUUUUACGUCUCCAAAACAGCUUGCUGCAUUUCUAGCAAAGAUUGGUUCGUCCGAAGACAAAUAUACAUCUUAUCUUAGGAAGAAACAUUCAUACAGUGUAACAAACUGGGCAUUUAAUUUCAAAAAAGCAAUAUGUGAUGUAUGUACACGAAUCAAAAAUGAAAAACUUGUAAAUAAAAAAAUCAAUGUGUAUGAUCGUCUAAAGGAGGACAAGUGCUUCAACCCUUCUGAUAUAAUACAUGAGAUAUGAUAAUA